ACUUUAAACAUGUGUCUGUGCACAGUUUGCUCUGCAAAGUAGUGUGUACACUUUCACUGGCUUUAUGGCCUCAUUCUGCUCAACAGUUAAAGAGGGAAAUCUCCCCCAAAUUAAAAGAGACUCCUUGUUUAACACUUUCAGCUGCACAAUAAGGAAAGAUCUUUUUUAGAAUUUCUCCCUGGACUUUUUACUUUUUUAUUCUAAUUGGUGCAAUUUUUUUUUUUUUUUUGGAUACGCUAAUUUUCCUUGAUUUCCAUUUAAAUGGGUGACUGUAUUACCAUCAAGAGAAAACAUCUCCAAAAGCCAAUAUUUAGAUUAAGAUGUUUGGUGAAGCAGCUUGAGAAAGGAGAUAUUAAUGUGACUGACCUAAAGAAUAAUAUAGAAUAUGCAGCAUCAGUAUUGGAAGCCGUGUAUAUUGAUGAAACCAGACGACUACUGGACACAGAAGAUGAACUUUCUGAUAUCCAUACGGAUUCAGUUCCGUUGGAAGUACGGGACUGGUUAGCAUCCACCUUCACCAGAAAAAUGGGAAUGAGGAAAAGGAGGCCUGAGGAAAAACCUAAAUUCCGAAGUAUUGUGCAUGCAGUCCAAGCUGGAAUAUUUGUAGAACGGAUGUAUAGACGAUCUUCCAAUAUUGCUGGUCUUACCUAUCCAUCAUCUGUGAUAGCAUCUUUGAAGGAUGUUGACAGAUGGUCUUUUAACGUAUUCACUCUGAAUGAAGCUAGUGCAGAGCAUGCCCUAAAAUUCAUGGUGUAUGAGCUGUUUACCAGAUAUGACCUUACUAAUCGUUUUAAGAUUCCUGUUUCCAAUCUUGUAUCUUUUGUUGAAGCUUUGGAAGUUGGUUACAGCAAGUACAAAAAUCCCUACCACAAUCUGGUUCAUGCCGCUGACGUUACCCAAACUGUGCACUAUAUUAUUCUUCAUACGGGUAUCAUGCACUGGCUCACAGAACUGGAAAUUUUGGCAAUGAUAUUUGCUGCUGCUAUCCACGACUUUGAGCACACUGGGACCACAAACAAUUUCCAUAUACAGACGAGGUCUGACGUUGCAAUAUUGUACAAUGAUCGAUCAGUUCUUGAAAACCAUCACGUGAGUGCUGCCUACCGCAUUAUGCAAGAUGAUGAAAUGAAUAUUUUUAUCAAUUUGUCCAAAGAUGACUGGAGAGAUUUACGAACACUGGUGAUUGAGAUGGUUUUAUCUACAGAUAUGUCCGGCCACUUCCAGCAGUUAAAAACUAUGAGGAGCACAUUGCAGCAGCCGGAGGGGAUAGAUAAAGCCAAAGCCAUGUCUCUGAUCCUUCAUGCUGCAGAUAUCAGCCACCCUGCCAAACCUUGGGAUUUGCACCUGAGAUGGACUAACCUACUGAUGGAGGAAUUCUUCCGACAGGGUGAUAAAGAGGCUUCACUAGGGCUUCCAUUCUCUCCGCUCUGUGACAGGAAAUCCACAAUGGUAGCACAGUCACAAAUAGGUUUUAUUGACUUCAUAGUGGAGCCGACAUUCACGCUUCUUACCGACUCAACAGAGAAAAUAGUUUUUCCUCUUAUAGAGGAAGCUGCAAAAUCUGAGAAUUCAGUCUUCGAUAAAUCCAGCCAGAAUAACUCCGAAGUGGUUCGUGGCACGGAUUUACAAAGGAAACCCAGUGUGCGGACUUCCCAAACGGAUGGAAGCUCGCCGACAGAAUAUUCAUUAGCAACUGUAGAUUUACAUCAUUUCAAAAACAAUUUGGUUGAAAUCAUUCAGCAAAAUAAGGAACGAUGGAAAGAACUGGCUGCUCAAGAGAGAAAUUUGAAAUCAAUGCACAAGAGUGAAGGAGGCACUGGAGGAACCUAAUAUUGUUGUGUAAAUGUGAAUCCAUACUUGCUAUCCAGAGAUGGGGUCUCUGUGACAAGAGAUGACGACAAGACUCAACGAUUCCCCAAAUCAGAAGCACAUAGUUUAUCACUUGGCAGAAGUGGUUUCAUGUUUAACACUGGAGAAAAUGAUCAUGGAUAGUCAUUGCUCGUCAAAAUUAAGAACCCAGGCAAGUAGUUAAAAAAAGGAAGCGUAAAUGACAAUUGCUGAUGUAUUUGUAGCCAGAUAUCUCCCUUCAGGCUCUAAAAUAACCUUCUAUACCCAAUAAACUUGACUUGCACCAGGAGAAAUUGAUGUUUGUUAAAAUGCCCAUUUAGCCUUUUGAUUGCUGGCUGAACAUACUAGCAAAAACCUUCCAUGCACUGUUGUUUCAAUGAAUGGAAACUUUCUGGACUGUAGACACAGCAGCGACAAUAUAUGUGUCGAUUUUUUAUAUUCGUAUUCAUGCGGCUAGAUGAUGAGAUGAUUACCUUGUCAUUACGUAGUAACUAUUUAUGUUGGAGUGGUACACCCAGAGGAAAGUAUGUAAAUAAUAAAACUGUGUAAAUAUUAGUAUGUUGACCUAUGCACUCUCUGUCUCCCCCCCCCCCCCCACCCAAAUUUUAAUUUGUCAUUUACUUGGGAAUUUCACUGUUUCUUUUAGUUCUCCUCAUUGACUUCAUUUUUCACCUUUUUCAGACUGUUAAUAAAAGUAUGUUGAUUU